GAGAAUCUCCCAGGUCUGAUUGUCCGAUAGACUGAACUCACCCACAGAGAGAGGGAGGAGAGGAAUGGAGAAGGUACAGAGAAACCCCAAAUUUGUGGCUUUUCCCCCAAAAUCCAAUGCAAAGUGAUGUUUUUUUUUUCUCUUUCUUUGUUGUUACUGCUACUCACAUUCACAUCCACCACCAAACCAAACUGGCCAGAGAAAAAACCCAGGAGGAAGAGAAGAGGAGGAGUUUGAGAGGAGAGGAGAGGAGAAUACAACAAGGGGGAGGGAAGGCAGAGAAUAAAAAGACCAGAAGUUGACAAACUUUUCCUGUCACUCUUCUAAGAAGGUCUUUGCUCCUCCUCCUCGGCUUCUUUGCAGCUGGUGCUAGAGAGAGAAAGUGAGAGAGGAGAGAGGAGGAAGAGAAGAGAAGAGAAGAGAAGAGAAUAAAAGUAUGGAGGGAUUUCCACCCUUAUCUUGCUCUGCCAAUCUAGUUCUCUGAUCUGCAUCUGGGUCUCAUCAUCUUCUUCCUCCUUGCAUGCUCUUCUUCUUCCUCCUCCUCCUCCUAGCAAAGGAAGGAAGUGAAGGAAGGAUUUUAGUAUCCUUGUCCAUGUGAAAAUGGAUAUAUAUAUUAUUGUGUAUGUGUCCUGCUGCUGUCUGUUUGGUUGGCCUUGUCUCCUGGCUUGAGGAAGUGGGGAAAGGUGGAAUCUUUUUUUGGAUUUUGGAGGCUCUGAGCCAGCCAGCCAGCCAGCCGCCCCCGGUGUGGGCUUCUCUUCUCUCCCGGUGAUACGGUUUAGGUGAGGCGACCUCUUUUUUGGAAGAUCUUGGCAGCAAAAGAUUAGUUUGGAAAUACGGCGACUUGGUCUGUAGAUAUUGGCAUCCUGCCCUGGUUUACAUCUGAGCACUUCGGAUGGGAACAAAAGUUGAAAGCAAGACCUAUCUUCCAGGAUACUUUGCCAUGGCAGAUUCUAGUGUAAAUUCUAACGGCAAUUGGUUGUCGUGUCAUGAGGAGAGCAAACCAAGCGGGCAUGUUAGUGACAGUUUCACAAUAACAACUCCAAAUGGAUCUCCAGAUUAUGAUAAGGAAAUGCUAAAGCGGACAAUGCUUGUGCAUGAAGCAACAUUCCGGAAACAGGUAUAUGAGCUUCAUCGACUGUAUAAAACUCAGAAGGACCUAAUGGCACAGUUCAAAAGUCAAGAGUGCAAUGGAUAUCCUAGAUCUGCAGAUACAUUACAUGCAAGGUCUUAUUCAUCGCAGGCAACAUCGGGGGAUGUAAAAAGAGUCUGGCAUGUUGUUCCUCCUACAUCUGGACAUGAUAUUAAGCAAUCAUCCAUAAAUUUCGCCAAGGGAAAUGGAGCCCCUUUGAUAAAUAAUAAUGGCAGGUCCUCAAAGAAAAUGUUGGACCUUCAGCUUCCAGCUGAUGCAUAUGCCGAUGAUGAUGACGACGACGACGAUGUGGAGAUACUAGAGGAGAAGCCUGCGACGAUUUUGCCGAGAACAAAUAGCUCCGUUGGUGGAAUUGUUAAGCUCAACCCUGGAAAUAGCGAGGGCUGUUCAUACAUGGAGAAGAGCUGGAUCACUGGUUUACAUCCACAACAUGCCUCUACAGUAAAUGUUUUAAAUAAAGCAGCAGAAGAAUCUUCUAGUAUGAAAAUGCCAGACUACAUUGGUGCGGGAACCUCCACUUCUCAAAGCCAACGUUAUUCAUCAGGCAGGGUGAACCUGAACCACCAAAGUUUGGAAGACAACAUGAGAGAAAAACUUAUUGGUGAAGCAUCUGGUUCAAACUUUUUGGGUGCAAAUGAGGAAACAAGGCACAACAAUUCAUUCAACCAUAGAAAAGAUUAUCAAAAUGUCAGCAUGGCAUGGUUCAAGCAAGAGCAAAGUGGUAUUAAUUUCUCCACGGGGCAUUACCUGCCUAGAUACAAUGCCUUCAAUCAACCAAUGGUUGCGCCGUCCAGCUCCAAUGCCGCAGUCAAGUCUCCAUGGCAAGGCAGCAACACAAGUUACACCGCUAAUAGCCACUAUGGUUCUGUUGACAUGUCCUUUGCUCAGAAUGGUUUCUUCAAUGGCUUUUCAAUGGAUUCUAUCAAUACUCCAAUGGCAACUCAUCAUUAUCAUAAUCAACGUUCAUCAAAGUUUCCUGGAGAACCUCAAUGUCGAAAGCAUUCCCCACUCCAUGAUGUAAAUCUGAAUGAUGCCCCUCAAGAUGUUACCGCUAUUCAGGAACAAGGAAGUGAGAAUUCACCAGUUGAUAUCUCUUGGCUCAGAAAGGACCCGAUUGAUCCGGUCAAGUCACAAGUGCAGCCGAGUUGUGCAAAUGGGCAAUCCCAGGUUUUGUUAGGUUCCACAGCUUAUUCAGAAGGCAGCACAAAAAUUCUCGGUUUCCCUAUCAAUGCAGCUGCUGAAAAAGAUUCUCGAUGCUUAUUGACCAAGCGUGAAACUGACAUGGAAAUGCAAUUACAUAACAAAAAAGAUGACACAAAUCCGAGGAAUCUCAUUGACCUCAAUGCUGCGCCUUUGAUGGAUGAGCCAGACAUAGAUGUUCAUCAGUCAGAAGGUGGCACUAUUCCUCAGAAAGCAGUUGAUCCUUCUGAGGACUCUCUUGCUAUAACUGCAGCAGAGAGUCUUGUAGCCAUUUGUAAGGAUGUGUUUCAAGCAGGAUCAUCCCCUGCUGACACUUUGCGUUGGUUCGCUGACCUCGCUAUUGCAUCAAAGGAGGAUACAAUGGUCUGUAGUAGCGAAAGCGAAACUGAUGAUGACUUUGAAGCUUUGACACUGCAGCUGCAAGAAACCAAAGGCUAUGAGCCCUAUUCAGCACCAAGAACGGUGGUAGAGCAUAAGAGCAAUGAAGAGCAUGGCCCUGUGACAGCUUCAUUGGUUCAGACAAAACCUCGAAGAGGCCGAGCACGAAAGCGACCCCAGAAAAAGGACUUCCAGAAGGACAUUCUACCAAGCCUCGCGUCGCUGUCGAAACAUGAGGUGUCAGAGGAUCUUCACACCCUCGGAAGGCCAACACCAUCAAAGCGGGGAGGUCGGAAUGGAUCACAAUCUAGAGGGAGGCGCCGAACAAGAAGCGUGGCUAUCGCCGUUGAGGAAGUUGAGGUAAGCCCACCUCCAGCUCCAAUGCCGCCACCUCCUCCCCCAGCUGACUUGGAUGCUGAUGCUCUGGGCAUCACUGGGUGGGGAAGGACAACCAGGCGCUGCCGUCGACCAAGAUGUCCACCGGCAAACAAUGCGUCGUUGCGACUAGCUUGAGAGAAUUUUUUAGGUGCCUUAGCUGACGAGAAUUGAUCUUGAAACUGUAAUUUUUGGGUGGAGUUGCAGAGAAAUUUGGGACCUAGUAGCUUAACAGUAAUCAAUCAAACAUUGUACAUGCUUCAGCCCUAAUUUGGGGCUCCAGAAACCUGCAUUGGAUCAAAAGCAUGGUGUACAUCUCUUUGUUUUGAUGUAAACUCCCAUUCUAGGUAGCAAUGCACCUGAAGAACAGGCCUUGCGAACCCUGGAAUAUCUCAGUUUGGUGUAAUUAGAUUUAGCUUCUGGCCAUGCUGAGUUGCUGAUAUGUUGCCUGUGAUGUCAUGUUCUGAAUUUACAA